CUUCUGCUGAAUGUAUGUGUGUGUUUCCAAACGCAGCUGUAAUAUGAUACAUAGCGCGUAAUCAAUUAUUUGCUUGUUUACGUUUAUCUGUUCAUGCACAGUACAUGAUUAUUGAAUAAUUCAUCCUCAUUGUGGAAGGGUUCGUUCUUAAAAUGGGAAAAGUUGAGAUUAAUAACGAGAUUGUUUCAUUACGACAUACGGCUCGUCAAGCACGUGUUUGUGUAAUAAAUAAACUGAUCAGAUAUGCAAAACGCUUACAGGAUAAAAAUGGAAAUGAGAAGCAACGGGAAAAGAAUAAAAGAAAAGCCGACAAGCUAGUCGCGGAAGUUUAUGCGCUAAAAACGAUUAAGGAUGAUGAAAUUUCUAAAUUUGGCAUCAUGAAUGAAAAGGAAGCGGAAGAUAUAGUGAAUGAUCAAUCUUCAAGCAAGAGGGACCGUAUAUUGGCAAGGGUCAUAAGUUAUAAAUCUUUCAAUAGAAGACUAAUGGAAUUCAGAGAAAAAUUUCCAGACUAUAAAAUGUACUUGUCGGAAGACAAGAAGAAAACUGCAAAGUUAAAAAAAAAGGAUUCGGCAAAAUGCAAGAAACUUUUGGCAGAAGAUAAUCAUCAUUCUCAGCAUGAAGAUUCAAAGGAACAAAAUGUUAAUUCCAAUAAUAUCAAUGAAGACUCGGAGAAACAAAAGGUUAACUCGGGUAAAGUUACCGAAAUGUCUCAAUAUAAUUCCAAGGAUGAAGAAACCAAAUCAUGUGAAGUAAAGAGUGACUCGCAUACGCGCAAAAAGUCCUUGAACAAAGACGAUACAGCCUUGGUUGAUAAGAAGUUACCGAAGCUGGUAGGAAAUGAUACGUUAGAGGAUGCAAAUAAACAACCAACUGCAAUUAAACUGUGUAGCGUUACAAAAGAAGGCACGGUAAAACGAUUUGUAGAAUUCUUGGAGGAGCAAAAUUCCGCUGGAGAUGCACGAGACCCGCCGGAGAGACCGACAUCUGCAGAGGGCACUGAUCACGAACGUACAAUAACUGUGCGAGCAAAAUCAGUCGAUGACUUUUUUGUCACAGGAAACGAUGAAGAAGGUUAUCGAGAGAAUCGUACGAAUGCUUCAGUGUCAUUUACAAGAUCUGAUGCUCCAGCUAGAACACUUCGCUCAAGCAGUCGAGUCAAAACGCAAAACCCAAGGUAUAAGAACGAUGUGAGAGGAAGUAAAACUCCAAAAUAUAAUCAGUUGAAGGAACAAUCGAGAGGAGAGAAGGUGGCUAAGCAUAAAGAAUGUUUGGACGAGCAAUCUUUUGCCAUGAGACAAGAGAAAAGGCCGUUUAACAGGAACAACAAAAGCACAAGCAAGAAUAAUCCAAGUGAUGUCAGUGACAGAGGAGAAACUGUCGACUUGCAUCCCUCCUGGUUGGCUAAAAAGAAACAGCUAGAAGCUAUGGGCCAAAAAUUUCAAGGAAAAAAGAUUGUAUUUGCGGACGAUUAAAGUGAUUCGGUGAUUUCUCGCGAUUGUAAUAAUUUACAAGGAGAAGAAGGACAAAAUGAACCACGAAUCACGAUUAUGUUUAGCGAACGCAACGGUUAUGCAAUCGUUGAAUAGAAAUUAUUUAGAAUAGAAGUAAAUAGAAGUUAUCUAGAAUAUAAUUAUCUAGAAUCGGUAACUCUUAAACUAUGUCCCCGCCGGAGUAACAACGAGAAACUUUUCAUUGCUUGCUUUGACACUGAAUUAUCCAACAUUUGUCAAUUUGUAGAAACAUCUCGUCUGUAUUGAAACAACAUAAUCACGGAAACAUUUGAAUCUGGUUUCUCCUCCAGUCUUCUCAUUUGUCUUUAGUUGUCCGCACUCAAGAAACAAAGCAGUUUAUUGCAAGCGUAUGAUACGGAUAAUUGGCAAAAUAUAUUUUUCAUUUUGUGUUUUUCCGUCGUAUCUGUUCUGACAGCUUCGGAAAUUUCUCUCCAAGCGUCUUCCCUCGUGUUCCUAUAUUUAUAUUUUCUUAUUAGAAGAAAUCCAUGAACACUCGUGUAUUCUUCAAUUAACUUGAUAAUAAAAUUAUUAUCCCAUUUUACUUAUUUUUUUACUUACUUCUUUACUAACAUUUUUAUUUAUUUAUUUACUACACUUUCUUAUUAUCAUCUUUUAUUAAAUACCGUUAUAUCUGACGACUGAAUGUUCAUGCCGAAGGAACAUCGGUUUCUGUUACAACUUGUUGACGCGUCAAGAAACUUUCGGCAACAACCGGCAAUUUUUUUAAGAAACACGAAACGUCAACAAAAACAUUUCUCGUCCGUUGCUCCGGCGGGGACAUAUAGCUUUAUAGAUCUAUCAAUUAUAUAUUCAUCAUUCAGAAGUUGAUCGUUAUGCUUGCUGAACGCAGCCGCUGCUAGCUUACAACGUACAUUCAUUUGUUUCGUCCAAAAAAUGUAUACAUAUGUACAUUUGUCUCAAAGAGUAACGUAUUUAUUGUACAUAAUAUAUACAAGAAUAUUGCGAUAAUAUUGCGAUGUAUUUUUUUAUUUUAUUUUCUAGACCUUAAUCUUACGUGAAAUAAAAUAUAAUUCAGACAUUAUACAUCUUCGUUCUCACAUACAGCCGUCGCACGAUUUCGAACGUAUAUAUAUACAAGCAUGUACGACGAUGCGAGCAACGGUCGCAUACGUAAUUGGAGGCUCAUUUGCUCGCUCGUCCAAUUCGAGUUCCUUGCGAUUUGCGCGCAGCGUUCCAGAUUGGAUGCUUUCGAGUCCGACUAUAAAGUCCGCUGUGCACGCGAAUCGGGACGUAUCUCGCUUGUAAGUCGAUCGACGUUUAAAAACUACCUUGUUUUACGCGCGUGUUACAAGUGUAAUAUUGCAGUGAAAUUUAUAUGUGAAACUGAAAUACGAUACGAGCUCUGAAAAUGUGUUCGGUCGAACGGAAAAGGAAACGAAAUAAAAUAUGUACAGGAUGUGUGUGUGUGUGUGUGUGGAUGCCGAAUCUUACAUUAUACGGCAAGACGUGAUUUAUUGUACCAAUUAACACUUCGAGGACCGGUGUCCUCGCAAACAUCGGUCACACGGGAACAUUAACUCGUGUCCCCGGUGCCGACAUUUGAUUUCAUUUCAUAACAAUAACAAUCAGGAGGAGUGAAUGUAAA